AUGUCUCCUUUCUUUGGAUGGAUUAAAUGUAAUACUGAUGGUGCUUAUGAUGAAAUCACUGGAGCUAAUGGUGUAGGAUAUGUGAUGAGGGAUUCCUCCUGUAAAGCCUCUUUCUGUGCCUCCCUGGUUUUUCAAGCGAAGUCGGUAGAAGAAGCUGAAGCAAGAGCAAUCUGGGCGGUUAUGAAGAAAGCGUUGGAGCAGAAGUUUAACCAUGUUAUCAUAAAAAGUGAUGCAAAAAAUCUUAUAGACAAGUUCUCUAUAAGCUAUUUUGAUGGUGACACUAGUAUUGAUACCAUCUUUAAAGACAUCCAGUUCUUUUCUUUAAAAUUUGUAGACUGUACUUUUAGUUUUCAACCUCGAUUCUGUAAUGCUGUGGCACAUGAGCUUGCUCAAUGGGUCACAAAUAAACAAUGUCUCUAUGUACUGGUUUGUGCCUUCUGUUUGGCUAAUCCCAACAAUCGAGGGAAUCAUUAG